CACACACACACACACACACCGUAGUGCAGUCCAGACACAGUCCAGGGAGACACUUUGGGCUGUGUGUGCUUUGGUUAUAGCCUCAAGCUUUCCUGGAUGACUAUGAACGUAACUGCCAUCAAUGAAGGACCACAAUACGACACUCCACUGGGGAACUUGUACACACCUUUUUCAAAGGUCACUGACCUCUGAGAAAGGAUUAAUCCAGUUUCACUCUUAUUUCUCAAUGACACUGAACUUUCAUGUAUCGGAUGAGCAAUUUUAUCAAGUGAGGAGAUGGCCAUGGUGUACAGACUCUAUGUAGGAAUAGUAACAGCUCUGGCCUUAUGCAAAUACUCCCUGGCAGAAUGGAAUACCACAGACGAGUCUGCCAAUCGGACUGUGUCCCAUUGUCAUCACCAUGGCAACGGAGACAAUUGCACAGCAGACACAAUAGAUACAGGGCAGUGGAACGGCCACUUCUCAAAAUGUCCCGAGGAGCUGACAUACUACUGCAUCCACGGGGAUUGUCGUUACAUUAAAGAACAGAAGGCACCGUCUUGCAGGUGUCACCAUGGCUACAUUGGCUCCAGGUGUGAAUAUCUGGACAUGGACUUGCGGAUCGGAGAGAAACGACAAAUCAUAAUUGCCUGUGUCAUCGCCGGGCUCGUUUUCCUCAUGCUUCUCAUUGUAUUCAUCUGCUUUUGUUCACAUCGUAGGUUCAGAUUGUGUUGGCGGAGGAGAAGACGGAGAGAAGAACCAAGGAAUGGGACUGAAAAGCUCAACAUGAUGGACACCAGCACAACACACACACCUUUAACGGAAGACUCAACAGAGCCACCACACACCAAUGCUGUAUGAGAAGUGUGUGUGUGUGUACGUGUGCGACCACAAGUCUGGAAAUUGUUUAGACAUGAGGGAUUUUGUUCUCCAUGUGACAGCUGCUGCCUUUUGUCUCACAGUGAUGGCAGCGUGCUAUAGAAGGUCCUCUCUGUGUUGGAUGGGACUUGGGCCUGCUCAAGGGGAAGGACAUUUCUGAAUAAAGGCUGCAUUAGAUCAAGCAGGAGCACGAGGUUUGCACCCUCCUCUUAAAGGGCAGCCUGCCCAACUUUGAUGAAGCUUCAGAACAAAGAAGAUGCCUCCCUGGAUUUACUAUAAACACAGAUUGGAGAUGAGUUGUGAGAGCUGGUUGAAUGUUGGCAAGGACACUUCCUCCCCCAAAUGGCCAAGAGCCACAUCUGUUUGAAGCCUUUCCACUUAGCACUCCUGACUGCAUAGCACUAAAUAAAUUGUUGCUAUGUUGGAAAAAGCUGUGACACCAGCUGGCGGCCGGUGAUAACAGUUGAUCAGGUUAUUGGUCUGCGCAGGAGAAACUGAAAAAUAAGAGGAAAGGCACUGUGUGAAGACACUACACUCUACUCUAAAUAAAUCUUUAAAUGUAUAGAAAUAUGCAAUAUUAUAAGUACCAGCAGCUACAGAUUCAGUGUUUGCUGUAACUUUGUGUUAUAUUGUUUCUACUUUGUUUAGUGUCAUUUCACACAUGCACAGUAUUGAUAUUUCACAAUCUUCAUUACAAAAUCAACAGUUAUCAUCAUUUAUUCCUCUUAUCCACUGCAAUGUCUCCACAUAAACUCACAGAAUAUUGUUACUCAACAACGUUAGCAAUGCAAGAAGAGCCUUCUAUAUACUAAAGACUGCAGUUCUGGACUCCUGGGUUGGAGGAGGACAAGGAGAACUUGUGCUGGAGGCUUUUUUGAACUGUAUAUUUGGAGCCGAGCAGCCUCCAAGCGACAGAGGCAGCCUGUGUGUGGAGGCUCAACUGAGGUGAAAGUGCUCCACUGUAUGAGACAGUUUCUAAGAUGCCAGCCUUUCACUGGGCUUUUAAUGUGUAUCUGUAUGUGUGUUAACUCUGCAUCUAAAUGUAGAAUGAAGAGAGGUAGGACAGAGUCUGUUAAGUCUGUUUAUAUGUCACCUAUCAAUAAAUAUGUCUGCUGUA